AUGGUGCGCAGUCUGUCGCAGUGGACGAAAACGCUCAGUUUUCCGGCCCGCAUCUCACCGAACCGGAACUCGAAGGAUUGCAACGUGAACGUGUUGCCGAUCACACCCCCACCACCGGCACCGCCGGCCCGCAACAAGUCCACCUCGACGUCGACCACCUCCUCUUCCAACACGACGAUGUCGUCCUCGUCCCCGUCGUACUCAUCGUCCUCACCGACCCCACCGACCCCACCACCGAACGUGCCCAUCACCGAAAUUAGUCAAAUUAUCUAUCCCGACCCGGAGUCCGAGAAGGCCAUUAUGGGCUCAUUGGUAUUCUGUAUCCAUCACAAGCAAGGCUGCAAAUGGUCCGACGAGUUGAGGAAAUUGAAGGCUCAUUUGAAUACCUGCAAGCACGAUGCUAUCCAGUGUCCGAACAAGUGCGGCUCGCAGAUCCCGCGCGUCAUGAUGACGGACCACCUGGCGUUUACCUGCAUCCUGCGGCGCGCCAUCUGCGAGUUCUGUAACGUCGAGUUCACGGGCAUCGGGCUGGAGGAGCACGCCGGCACGUGCACGGCCGAGCCGAUCUACUGCGAGUCCAAGUGCGGAACGCGUGUCCUGCGCGGCCGCAUGACCAUCCACCGUGCCAAAGACUGUGCCAAGCGCAUGCGGCGCUGCCCGCACUGUGGCCGCGAGUUUAGCGCGGACACACUGGGCGCCCACGGGGCCACCUGCCCCCGGAGUCCGGUGCCGUGCCCGCAGCGCUGUGACGUGGGACCGUUUGCCCGCGCCGACCUGGAUGCGCACCUGCGGGACGAGUGUAAGGCGCUGACGGUGCCGUGUACCUUCAAAGAGGCCGGCUGCCGUUUCAAGGGCCCGCGCCACCUGUUGGAGGCCCACCUGGAGGCCAACACGUCCGCGCAUCUCUCGCUGAUGGUCGCCCUGUCGGGGCGCCAGGGCCAGCAGAUCAACAUGCUGAAGAGCGCGAUGGCCAAGCUGAGCACCAACUACACCGGCACGCUCCUGUGGAAGAUCAGCGACUGGUCGGUGAAGAUGCAGGAGGCACGCACGAAGGACGGGUUGGAGCUGGUUUCACCACCGUUCUACACCAGCCAGUACGGGUACAAGCUGCAGGCGUCGAUGUUCCUGAACGGCAACGGGCCCGGCGAGGGCACGCACGUGUCCGUCUACAUUAAGGUGCUGCCCGGCGAGUACGACGCCCUGCUCAAGUGGCCCUUCUCGCACUCGGUCACGUUCACGCUGUUCGAGCAGGGCACGCUGGGCAGUGGCGGUGGCGGCGGAGGCGGCCAGGGAGGAGUGGCCGAAUCGUUCGUGCCCGACCCGACGUGGGAGAACUUCCAGCGCCCGUCGACGGAACCGGACGCACUCGGGUUCGGCUUUCCGCGCUUCGUUUCGCACGACCUACUCAACCGGCGCCCGUUCGUGCGUGACGAUACCGUCUUCUUGCGCGUCAAGGUGGACCCGAGCAAGAUAGUGGCCGUGUGAAGACCCUGGCGUCCGUCCCCCAACACAUCUGUACAUAAAUCACAUCGCCUGCCCGCGCACAGCCCUGAAACUAGUUUAAGCUCGCUCUAUCGAAACCCGCGAACCCUUUCCGGUUGUACAUAAUAUUCUCGUUCGCUCUCUCCCGAUCGCAGUUUCUGAGGGAGAGAGGAUAGUCUGAAGGAGGAAUCCUAGCAACCGCCGCCGUGUCACGACGAUCGUGUGAAGAUCUCUCCCGGAGAGAGGUGUAUAGUCACGCAACGUGUGUGAGCCUUGCGGCCAUUGUUUCCCGUUCCGUUCCUGGUUUCAAGUAACGGAACGGGAAGAAUCCGGCGCGAGCUUGGGUUGCCGGUAAAGCGGGAGGGUUCAUUUUUUCUGUUUGUACGUAAGAAGAAACCGUUGGCUGUGUGGUGUUGUAAAGAAAAAGUCACACGGCCACGCAACGCGUAAGAAACGGUACAAAACGGCAAAGCACACACAAUCACGCCGCGCGCGCGCAAUACAACGAAAAUCAGCUUCGAAAUCUCAUUGUUGCUUUUAAGGACUGAGCCACAAGCCAAGCGUCUUCAACGGGGCGUGGAACACCACAAGCAUGUAUGUUAAUGUUAGGUCGUACAUAUAGCCAAGUAAGCCGAAGAGGAGUGGGAGAGCGGAAGAGAGCGGUCAUAAUGUGAGGUCAUUACACAAGGAAACGAAGAAACGCAGCGAUGCGUUGUGGAGCAGAGAAAAUGUCAGCAAAUUGCGUUGCGAAAAGCAUCAUUGUUUGGAUUACUUUACGUUUAGGCAAAGUUCGAUCGCAAUCAAAACUUACAUACAAAAGGUGCGCGCCUCGCGCCAAACCAAAACGCCAUCAAAAGCGCGUCUCCCGCAACGGGUAACGGGUUGUUGGUUACCGUUUUCGUUGAGUUGAAAAAUGGGUUAUCAACUGAAACCCCAGCCAUCUUGUCACAUAAAGACGCUCUCUCGAUUACACACACACUACAUGUUCGCAUGCAGCGAUCACACCGCGAUCAUACAUUGUCAUAAACCCUUCUUUCUUUCGAUUCGAGUCAUUAGCUUGUAAGGUUAACCGCUUAGAAUUGUAGGGCAUUUAACAGCAACCGCAGCAUUAUUCAAUCAUUUAUAUUCGAAUUUUAUGGCGAACGCGCGUCACCCAUUUCGCUCUUUUCGCGCCGACGGACAUAGCAUUAGUGGUGUUUCUUUUUCAGUUUUGUUUGUGUCUUUUUGUUUUAUUUCAUUCAUUUGGUGGAAGUGCCCAUCGAAAGGGCCCAUCGCCCAGCCUUCGUCCGGCCCGGAAGUGUGGCGUGUGGUGGGGCCCCUCGGUGGGGCCACUCCCGUAGCUAGAAAACCAUCUCAUUCGCAUACUAAGAUACUUUCAUCUACGACGAACGCGUGCGCCUUCUCGCGGGAAGCGCGCGCACUUAGAGAAUAGGGCAACAGUAACAACACGCUCUAGCUGUAAGGACAUCUUCUUUAUUUUUGUACCAUAACCAGCGAACUAGCUUCGGGAAGUGUUUUCGUUAUUUUGUAGCUGUAAAAAUAUGUGAUUAGGCAAAAGACGAAAUACAACCGAGUGUGAGCA